AUGCAAAUUCUUUCAUAUUUUCUUCUGAUUUUAUGUUCUUUUGUACAAAAUGCAAAUUCAUUCAUAUUUUCUUCCGAUUUUCUAUUCUUUUGUACAAAAUGCAAAUUCAUCCAUAUUUUCUUCCGAUUUUAUGUUCUUUUGUACAAUAUGCAAAUUCUUUCAUAUUUUCUUCCGAUUUUCUAUUCUUUUGUACAAAAUGCAAAUUCUUUCAUAUUUUCUUCCGAUUUUCUAUUCUUUUGUACAAAAUGCAAAUUCAUCCAUAUUUUCUUCCGAUUUUAUGUUCUUUUGUACAAAAUGCAAAUUCUUUCAUAUUUUCUUGAUUUUAUAUUCUUUUGUACAAAAUGCAAAUUUUUUCAUAUUUUCUUCCGAUUUUCUAUUCUUUUGUACAUAAUGCAAAUUCAUCCAUAUUUUCUUCCGAUUUUAUGUUCUUUUUGUACAAAAUGCAAAUUUUUUCAUAUUUUCUUCCGAUUUUCUAUUCUUUUGUACAAAAUGCAAAUUCAUCCAUAUUUUCUUCCGAUUUUAUGUUCUUUUGUACAAAAUGCAAAUUCUUUCAUAUUUUCUUCUGAUUUUAUAUUCUUUUGUACAAAAUGCAAAUUCAUUCAUAUUUUCUUCUGA